AUGUCCGAAGCCAUCGAGUCCUGCAGCUCUGAUGAUAGAUCCUGCCUGGCUUCACCCAACUCUCAGCCGUACGCAUCUCCCGUCAGCCAGAAGUCUAAGGCUCCGAAGCCUGCCUUGCGUCGCCGUGAGAAACAUACCAAAUCAAGGAGUGGGUGCAAGACUUGCAAGAAGCGCAAGGUCAAAGUAGGUGCCUUCUUGCGCGGCAUGGCCAGCUCCAUAGCGAAGCUCACCAAAUCGCAGUGUGACGAGUCUAGGCCCAUAUGUACGCGCUGUGAGCGCAUGGGAGUCUCAUGCUUGUAUCUUCCCGAGAUAGGACGGACCCGACGUCAGCAUGGCCAGCCUGGUCAGCAUACACAGCCGCCUGCGACCAUACUUCGCUCGCAGCCCGACGACAACCAACAUCUCGACAUGCCUUCUCUUGAGCUCCUGUGCUCCUAUACAGAGUACACAAGCUCAACUCUGCCAUCAGCAUCGAUGCUUCGAGGGUUUUGGAAGACGACGGUACCACGGCUCGCCUUGAAGCAUGACUACCUCAUGCACGCCUUGUUUGCCCUCACCGCGCUUCAUAAGGCACAGUUUCGAAUCGAGGAAAGGGAACACUACCUGUCUAUAGCGAUGCGACAUCAUCACCACGCGUCCAAAUCAGCCAGGAUACUUCUCGAUAAUAUCACGCCCGAGAACGGCAACGCUUUGUUUCUAUUCUCCAUUUUCACCUGCAUUGUUGGUAUGUGUCAAGUCACAGCCCGCACUGCAUCCAGCCGUGUUUGA